AUGGAGGAGGAAGAGAGGAAUUCCAGACUGAUGAUCAAAUGUAACGAAUUGUGCAACUACAUAUUUGGAUUGUGUUGUUUAACGGUGGUUCAGAUGUUUAGUAAUGUAGUAAUCGCAAAUGAAUUUCAUUCUGUGACGGGAGAAUUUUACCGUCUCUGUGGAGAGGACCUUCCACUGGGUCUUCAGAGUCUAUGUGGAUCUAGAUAUGCUGGUACACGGGAGAAAAAGGAUACAGCAGGUGAUUCCAAGAAAACAUUCAUGAAAUAUCUUAUUCGCAAACGCCAGACUAACGGCGGCAUAGUAGAAACGUGCUGCUAUUCACAGUUUGGAUGUUCAAUAGACAUAUUAUCCGAUUUCUGUGAGGAUGGUUCCAUUUACAAAGACACGUUCGUGAUCACCCACGGGCACCUGCGUGUAGUUGUCGUUGAAAGACCAACUCAUAGACCUACAAUAUCAUAUACUCCAGCCAUUGUGCCAGUCACUCCUACAAGACCAAGCAUCACGAGACUACGAGGAAGACCCAGACAUCGGGAUCGGGCUCGAAGCCAUAUGAUUCGUCCCUACAUAUCAGUCACGAGAAGGCCGCAUGACUUUUCCAGAACCUUUAAUAACCUGCACCGUUUGGACGGUCAUAGAUAUAAGUGA